CGCGAACUCCGUUUUAAACAAAGAGCUAAAGAAAAGCUAUGCCUUUGAGAUUCCCUCGCCGAAUACGAUUCUUCACUCAUUCUCUUCCUGAUCUCGCUUCCUUCAAUUCCUCCUCCCCUUUCCUCUCCCGGCUACUCACGUUCACGUCGAAUCACUUCGCAGUCAACUUCUCCACUCAACGACCUAACGGAGGCGAAACACGAAGGAGCUUAAUCGAAGACGAGGAAGAGCUCAGCAACUGGGUUACCGAUCUCAGACCUGGAACACUACGUGUCAAUCUCACAAGCGAUGAUGAUGAUGACGAAAUGGAUCGCGGCAGAGGGAGAAACCCUCGUAACAAAGUUGAGUCCUUUAGGGAGAAUCGGUUUAGUAGCAGAGGUAAAGGUUCCAACUUUAUGAGUAGAGGUUUAGUUAGAGAUAGAGAAGGAUACAAGGGUUUAAGGAAUCAGCAGAGACGUGGAGGAGAUGUUAUAGAUGAAGAGAGUAGUGAUGAGGAUGUUAAGAGUUUAGUAAUGGGAGGUUUGCUUAGUGAAGAGGAUGAGGAAGAAGAAGAAGAUGGAGAUUACGAGUUUCUUAAGAAGAAAGCUGUUUCUGCUUUUGGGUUUGAUAAGCAGAAGAAGAUUGAUGUUAAAAGCUCAGAUUCUUAUUUGACUAAGACUAGAUUUGAUCAGUAUCCGUUGUCUCCCUUAUCGCUGAAAGCACUUAACGAUGCGGGAUACGAGACAAUGACUGUUGUCCAGGAAGCUACUCUCCCUAUCAUUCUCAAAGGUAAAGAUGUUUUAGCUAAGGCCAAAACAGGAACUGGGAAAACUGUAGCAUUUUUGCUUCCAUCAAUCGAAGUAGUUGUCAAAACUCCUCCAACAAGUCCGGAUAAUAAACGACCUCCGAUCCUUGCACUUGUGAUAUGCCCAACUAGAGAACUUGCUAAUCAAGCUGCUACAGAAGCAAACACUUUGCUGAAGUAUCAUCCAACUAUUGGUGUUCAAGUUGUGAUUGGAGGAACAAGGCUUGGUUUAGAGCAAAAGCGUAUGCAAACAAAUCCUUGCCAGAUAUUAGUUGCUACACCUGGAAGGCUUAAAGACCAUAUUGAGAACACUCCAGGAUUAGCAACAAGGUUAAAGGGUGUGAAAGUUCUUGUGCUUGAUGAAGCUGAUCAUCUUUUGGACAUGGGGUUUCGUAAGGACAUUGAGAGGAUAUUAUCCGCGGUUCCUAAGGAGAGACAAACGUUUCUGUUCUCUGCCACUGUCCCUGAAGAGGUUCGCCAAAUGUGCCUUGUUGCUCUGAGGCGGGAUCACGAGUUUAUCAAUUGUGUCCACGAAGGCACUGGAGAGACACAUCAACAGGUCAAACAAAUGCACAUGAUUGCUUCAUUGGACAAACAUUUCUCUCUUCUUUACACACUUCUUCGAGCACACAUUGCAGAUAACGUAGAUUACAAGGUCAUUGUCUUCUGUACAACUGCUAUGGUUACAAAACUAGUGGCUGAUCUACUUGGUGAGCUAAACUUAAACGUGAGAGAGAUUCAUUCUAGAAAACCUCAGAGUUACAGGACAAGGGUCUCUAAUGAGUUCCGGAAAUCCAAAGGUUUGAUUCUCGUAACAUCUGAUGUAUCAGCUCGAGGAGUUGAUUACCCUGACGUGACACUUGUGUUACAGGUGGGAUUGCCAAAAGACAGAGAGCAAUAUAUACACAGACUCGGUAGAACAGGGAGAAAAGGGAAAGAAGGAGAAGGCAUAUUGUUGUUGGCACCAUGGGAGGAAUACUUCUUGUCAUCUCUUAAAGACUUACCCAUCACUAAGUCUUCUCUGCCACCAACAGACCCAGAAACUGUUAAAAAGGUGCAGAAGGCUCUAUGCCAUGUGGAGAUGAGGAACAAGGAGGCGGCGUACCAGGCUUGGUUGGGUUACUACAACUCACAGAAGAUGAUAGGAAGAGACAAAGAGAGGCUGGUGGAGUUGGCUAACGAGUUUAGUCGUAGUAUGGGACUUGACAAUCCUCCUGCUAUACCUAAACUUAUUCUUGGUAAGAUGGGUCUCAAAAAUGUUCCUGGUCUUAGAGCCAAAUAGAUAUAUUUUCUUGUAAACAAAUUUUGAUAAAGUCAUCUUAAUAAAUCACUACUUUUG